UAUGAUUUCCCGAUCCAACGGUGGGAAGAAGUCCAACGGUGUGGAUUUGUCGCUAUAGGACUUGCUUUUUAGGGUUCUUGGGUAGGGUUCUUGGCUUUUUGCUUGCGCGGCGAUGGCGCUCGCAUUCGACGAGUAUGGGCGGCCGUUCAUCAUUCUCCGCGAGCAGGAGCAGAAGACUCGAGCGAAAGGUUUGGAAGCUCAGAAGGCGAAUAUUAUGGCCGCCAAAUCCGUCGCUCGCAUCCUCCGGACGUCUCUGGGCCCGAAAGGCAUGGACAAAAUGCUCCAGAGCGGCGAUGGCGAUGUCACAAUCUCGAACGAUGGCGCUACCAUCUUAGAGCAGAUGGAAGUGGAGAAUCAGAUCGGAAAGCUCAUGGUGGAGCUCUCCAGGAGCCAGGAUUAUGAGAUUGGCGAUGGAACCACUGGUGUGGUAGUCACAGCCGGGGCGCUGCUCGAACAGGCCGAGAUCCUUCUUGAACGAGGGAUUCAUCCUAUUCGUGUUGCCGAGGGCUACGAGCAGGCUGCUAGGAUUGCUGUGGACCAUCUGUCGAAGAUCUCUCACAGCUUUGAGUUCAGUUCCACCAACAUCCAGCCGCUAGUUCAGACUUGCAUGACAACGCUUUCUUCAAAGAUUGUCAAUCGCUGCAAGGCAUUGCUCGCGGAGAUUGCCGUCAAAGCUGUUCUCGCAGUUGCAGAUCUGGAGAGGAAGGAUGUGAACCUGGAUCUGAUCAAGGUCGAGGGAAAGGUUGGCGGUAAAUUGGAGGACACGGAGCUUGUCUACGGCAUUGUUGUUGACAAAGACAUGAGCCAUCCACAAAUGCCCAAGAGGAUAGAAGAUGCGAAGAUUGCAAUCUUGACGUGUCCCUUCGAGCCGCCGAAGCCAAAGACCAAGCAUAAGAUCGACAUUGAUUCCACCGAGAAAUUCGAGGCACUUCGAGAAGCCGAGAAGAAGUACUUUGAUGAGAUGGUGCAGAAGUGCAAGGAUGUUGGCGCUACGCUUGUUAUCUGCCAGUGGGGAUUUGACGAUGAAGCAAACCAUCUGUUGAUGCAUCGUGGUCUGCCGGCUGUUCGAUGGGUCGGAGGUGUUGAACUGGAGCUCAUUGCUAUUGCCACAGGUGGCAGGAUUGUGCCCAGAUUUCAGGAGCUGACGCCCGAGAAGCUUGGACGGGCUGGGAUAGUGCGGGAGAAGUCUUUUGGAACGACAAAAGAUAGGAUGCUUUACAUUGAGCAGUGUGCCAACUCUCGGGCAGUGACAAUAUUUAUUCGGGGAGCUAGCAAGAUGAUGGUCGAGGAGACAAAACGUAGUAUCCAUGAUGCAUUAUGCGUUGCGCGGAACCUCAUCCGUGAUAAUUCUAUCGUUUACGGAGGAGGGUCUGCCGAGAUUGCAUGCUCCAUCGCGGUGGAAGCUGCUGCAGAUCGGAUUCCAGGCGUCGAACAGUAUGCCGUUCGAGCUUUCGCCGACGCUCUUGAUGGAGUUCCCAUGGCGCUGGCUGAGAACAGUGGCUUGCAACCAAUCGAUACAUUGACAGCCGUGAAAGCCCAGCAGAUCAAGGAGAAAAAUCCCCACCUCGGAAUCGACUGCAACGAUGUUAAGACGAACGACAUGAAGGAGCAGAACGUUUUCGAGACGUUGAUUGGGAAGAAGCAACAGAUUCUCCUCGCAACUCAGGUGGUGAAGAUGAUCCUCAAGAUCGAUGAUGUGAUCACGCCGUCGCAGUAUAUCUGAGCGGAGAGAAGCCUGGAGCCCGAAUCUAACCAAAGCCAGGAGGUUGGUUCCAUCUGGCUUGCAACUGGUCGUCUAGUUGAGGAUAGGGGGCGUAGAAGUUUUGUCCGUCUUGUUGUAUUGUGCUGUAAUCUGGGAGGCUGGGAGAAUAGCUAAACUUUGGAGCUUUUUGCUUGAGCU